GGCGGAGUGAACGAUCGUACAUCAUCUCCUCUCUGGUUCAUACAUAUGCCUCUACACUCGUAUUGCGCUGGAUAUCACAAGAGACCUGGUGUAGAUACUACUGCUGCUGCCAUUACGGAGUACAAUGAGAACUCCGCGGAAAGCGGCCAAUUCCUAUCGACGAUCGACCAAGUAAAGCCGAAACCACCCAAACGGGAAAUUGCCGGACUAUCUGAUAAAUCCGAUCGGGCCUAGCGGGCUCGGCAAUGAUAUAACCGGAUCCAAACUUUUUCCCACCGCGAACCUCCUGCUGUCAUCUCACUCAUCAUCACUGUCCAUCAAUUCUGCAUGGUACAGUAUCAGAGUUAACUUCAUCAUGCCCAGUAUGACCCCUAUUGCCUUGAGACAGGCAUCCCGGGCCUAUGCCCAUCGACUCUUGUCGACUCAGCCCGGCGCCCUGACGGCCUCCCUACCCCGGCGGGUGCUCGCCACCGGCGGUGCCAUCCCCAGACGGUCUUACGUCUCCGAAACCAAGGCAGGAAACGCCCAGAUCUCGGUCGAAACCGCCAUCAAGCAGGAGCAGAAGGCCUUCGUGAACCAGACCGGCAUUCAACCCCAGAAGGUCGAGCUUCCUGGCUCCGGCAUCUCCGGCGACGCCUCGAUGAGCCCUUCCGCCGGCAUUCUGAAGCAGGCCACCGUUAUGGACCAAGGCACCCGCCCGAUUUACCUCGAUAUGCAGGCAACGACUCCGACAGACCCCCGCGUGCUUGACGCCAUGCUUCCCUUCCUUACCGGCAUCUACGGAAACCCCCACUCCAGGACCCACGCCUACGGUUGGGAGUCGGAGAAGGCGGUCGAGCAAGCCAGAGAACAUAUCGCCAAGCUGAUCGGCGCCGACCCUAAGGAGAUCAUCUUCACCAGCGGUGCCACGGAGAGCAACAACAUGAGUAUCAAGGGUGUGGCCCGGUUCUUCGGUCGCUCCGGCAAGAAGAAGCACAUCAUCACCACCCAGACCGAGCACAAGUGUGUAUUGGACAGCUGCAGGCAUUUGCAAGAUGAGGGAUUCGAGGUGACAUACUUGCCCGUGCAGAGCAACGGCCUGAUCCGGAUGGAGGACCUCGAGGCAGCCAUUCGUCCCGAUACCGCUCUCGUCAGUAUCAUGGCCGUCAACAACGAAAUUGGUGUCAUCCAGCCCAUGGCGGAAAUCGGCAAGCUGUGCCGCUCGAAGAAGAUCUUCUUCCACACCGACGGUGCUCAAGCCGUCGGCAAGAUUCCCCUGGACGUCAACAAGCUCAACGUCGACUUGAUGUCGAUUUCCAGCCACAAAAUCUACGGCCCCAAGGGCAUUGGUGCUUGCUAUGUUCGCCGUCGUCCUAGGGUCCGUCUCGAGCCUAUCAUCUCCGGAGGUGGCCAGGAGAGAGGUCUCCGCAGUGGCACUAUUGCCCCCCACCUCGUCGUGGGCUUCGGUGAGGCUUGCCGCAUUGCAUACCAGGAUAUGGAGUAUGACACCAAGCAUGUUUCGAGAUUGUCCAAGCGCCUGACCGACGGACUCUUGUCGAUGGAGCACACCGUCCUGAACGGCGACCCCAACCACCACUACCCCGGUUGCGUCAACAUCUCCUUUGCCUACGUGGAAGGCGAGUCGCUGCUGAUGGCGCUCAAGGAUAUUGCCCUGUCGUCGGGCAGUGCCUGCACCUCGGCCUCGCUGGAACCCAGCUACGUGCUGCGGGCGCUGGGCAGCAGCGACGAGAGCGCACACAGCAGUAUCCGGUUCGGUAUCGGCCGCUUCACGAGCGACAGCGAGAUUGACUACGUGCUCAAGGCGGUGCGGGAGCGGGUGGACUUCCUGCGCGAGCUGAGCCCGCUGUGGGAGAUGGUCCAGGAGGGUAUUGAUCUGAACUCGAUCGAAUGGAGCCAGCAUUAAAUUUCUUUGUGUUCGAAUGACUGCGGGG